GCCCAUUGAAACCAGGCACGAAGCCUUCAUUGCCUUUUCACUUGGAGUGUCUCCAACCGCUACGGCGGUAGGCACGCGAGAACGGCGGCGUGAGCCUUAUGACCGCCAACGUGUAUUGAGGCACAUGAGUGCAACGCAGGAGCGCGUCCAAGAUUAUGCUAAUACACAGCACGCGAAUGAUGCCAUCAAGCCGGCACGGCUAGCCCUUGAACAUCAAGGCCCUGACGGCCUGCCUCUGGCGACCAUGUUGGAAGCUAGCCAAGCGCGGCUGUGCACAACCUCCUGGUUCGGCCCACGCAAGAGACCACGUUUCUACCAGAAAGCUCACUUGGAGCAAUGCGCCCAGUAUAUCACUGCACCUCGGAAUAUCCAUACCUUCCGGGUUAAUUCCCAGAUUCCUUCGCCUUCCUCCUGGGAUACUGCGGUGACCAUCUUAGACCCGCAAGAGCAGCGACGGCUAAUGCGGCGGGCACGCGGAGUGGUGCGAGCAAAUGUGGCCCUGAACUAAGAAGGGCUCCACCCUACGAGGAAGUUUCCCCACCUCAUCAGAAAUAAAUGUUUUCUCUCUUUC